AUGUCGGGGAAACAAAUUCGAUCUAGUAGCAAAUUAUUGUCGCUUAAUCCGUUUGUGGAUGAGAGAGGACUUCUCAGGGUGGGCGGCAGAAUUCAAAACUCUCACGUGGCCUUUGAGAAGAAACAUCCAAUCAUUCUACCAUCCGAUAGUAGAUUUACGAGGUUGUUGUUCAAAAAGGAAUAUCGUAGACUAUUGCAUAUAGGUCCACAGGCAUUGUUGUAUUCUAUUCGAGAAAAAUAUUGGCCUUUCAAAGGGAAAAUCAUCGCCAGAAAAAUCACACAUGAUUGCAUAACUUGUUUCCGCAACAAGCCGAAACCAUUAUCGCAGAUCAUGGGUCAGUUGCCCGCAGAUCGAGUCACCCCGACUCGUCCAUUUUUCGUAAUUGGCGUAGAUUUUGCCGGGCCUAUUACUACAUUGGUUAAUCGAGGCCGCGGAAGAAAAACCAACAAGUCUUACAUAUCCUUAUUUGUAUGCUUCUCAACAACUGCCGUCCAUCUUGAGGCGGUCAGUGAUCUUAGCACGGCUUCCUUUCUGGCAGCGCUUAGACGCUUUGUGGGACGUCGAGGUUGUCCGCAGCGCAUUUAUUGUGACAACGCUACUAAUUUUGUAGGAUCCAAGAAUGAGCUCCGUGAGAUAUAUCGUCUACUCAAAAAUGGGAAGCCAGACGUAAAUGGGAAGCCAGACGCAAUGUGA